AUGUCAAUGUAUACAGGAAAAAAAGAUUUAAACAAGAUAAAACAAAAUUAAAAAAGCAAGUUAGAAAACUUAUAAAAAUGUUAAGUUAAAUAAGUAGAAUAGUUAACAUCGAUAUAUGAUGUUUUUUAGAAAAACUUACAUUAGUUUGCAGGAAAAUAUAGAGAUGAAAUUUCAAAAAAUCCUGAUUUUAGAGAAAAGUUUUAUGAAUUAUGUGAUAAAAUGGAUGUAAACCCAAUGAUAUCAAAAAAAACAAUGUGGAGUGAUUUAGGUUUUGGUGAUUUUUAUAAUGAGCUAGCUGUAAAUUAUUUUUAAAUUAUUAGAUGAGAAUUCUUGAUAUUUGUGCUAAAAAGUAUUCUAUUUAUGGAGGAAUUACUAAAAUUACUGACAUAAUAGAUGAAUUUAGAAGAGUUUAUGAGAUGAAGGUUUCAAAAUCAGAUAUUGAAAGAGCAAUAAAUACAGUAUCAUCUUUGGGAGGGUGUCAUAUUCAUAAUAAAUAUGUAUACACAGUUCCAUUAGAAAUGAGUCCUGAUUUUAAUUUGUUAUUAGAAGUAGCAGAAGAAGAAAGAUUUGUGAAUGAAAAAAUAAUGUAAGAAAAAAAAGGUUGGACGAAAGAAAGAUUUUAUUAAAAAAUUUAAGUAUUAUAAAGGGAAGGAUUAGUUUGGGCAGAUAAAAAAACAUAAACAAAUAUGGUAGAUUAUUAUUUCCCUUCUCUAUUAAAUUCAUAUUUUGAUCCAUUGAGAAGUUAAAUGAUUCUAUAAUAAUUGAAAUAAUGAG